AUGAAGGCUGUAGACUUAACAUGUUACAAUACUCGAGAAAGCGAUGUUCUGUUUGUAUUGUCUGAAUCUUUGAACUCUUUAUUCACAACUACAAAUCAGAUAUUCGAUCAAGUUGACAAGAGGAUAAGAGAAUGUAAAUCUAGACUGGAUGGGUACAAGAAACGGGUAGAAGUAAUCAACAAAAACAUUGGAUUGUUGCAGGAGGUAAUACGUUUUUAAUUGUAUAUUUUAUUAAACAUUUAGAAAAAAAUUGAGGAAGUAGAACAUAAUGUUGACCUUCUUUCUUUGUUUAACAAAACAUUAAAAUUAUUUUAUAACUAAGGUAUAAGCUUGGUUUAGAUGGAGAAUCCAGUGGUGAUUUGCACUUCAGAAUUCCCAAAAAUUGAGUCAAUUGAACGUAAAUUAGUUAUUGAUUAUGAUAAGAGGCCGAAGAAGCAUCUGAAGCCAGUGCCAGCCUCAUCUCCUGUGACUCCAGAGAAAUUCCUGAAGCAAAAGAAGAUGAAUACAUUAGGGAGUAUAUGUGAUGUUCGACCAGGUAACAAAUUUUUCUUCUGUUAUUGUUUUUAGAUGCGAUAAUAUUGUUUGUACACGUAAUUAAAGCCAUUUGUUAACUAAUAUUGUUGACAGAUAUUUGAAACUAAAAUUGUAUAAGUUUACGGAGAAUAAGAGAACUUUUUCAAAAUUAAAAUAGAUUUUUUAGACCAUCGAAAAGAAAACAUCUUGUUCGACACAAAUGUAGCCAAAAUCGAGAAUGUUCUGUUGAAGAAGAAGAUGAAGCCAUUCAAUGGAGACAGAAAGGAUAAUGUGAAGCACGACGUUCUGUAUCAAUCACUACUUUCUCAAAAGCAAAUGAGAGUAGUGGACGACGAAUUUGAGUUUAAACAACCGGUCGAAAGCCCUGCUGACUUCGACCUUCCUGAUAUUUUACCUGGUACGUUACAUUCAGGGGCGUCGCUACGGAUUUUUUCUGGGUAAAUAGCAUUUAACUUAAUACUAGGGUCAAGAUUUUAGUUUUUAAAUCAUAUUUUAAUAGUUUUGAACUUAAAACAGUUCUCUUUCCUAAUAAACGUCUUAUUUUAGGUAUUGAAGCCCAGAAGGUAUCGAUGUUUGGAAAUGAAUCCUUAAGUGAUGAUGACAUGUUUGAUACUUCUACACAUCAGACCAGCUCUUUGUCACAAGUACCGUCAACUGCUGACUUUACAGAAUCUCCGAGAAUAAACGAAACAACAGAAUCUUCUAAUGUGACUUCUGAUGUUAAACCUACAAAAUCCGUAGAAUCCAAACCUUCAACUUCAUCCCCACCUUUGACAUCUCCAGUAAGCCCACCACCCCCGCCGCCUCCUCCUCCACCUCUCAACCUCAUUGUGACUUCAUCUCCACCACCACCAGCUUCAACUUCAGAUAGGUCAAGUUUGAUGGAAGCCAUCAGAGCGGUUGGAGGAGCUGGUAAGGCUAACCUGAAGAAGAUUACAGUAGUCGAAGAGAAGACGGUAGCCAAGGCUGAAGUUACUCAAAGUGACGAUCUCAUGGGUUCUUUGGCAAAAGCUUUGGAGAAGAGAAGGAAGGGUAUGUUGUUUUAGAUCCUAUGACAAUUUUAAGUAAAUAAUUGUAAUAUUUUAAAAUUAUUGGGCUGAACCAAAAGUAGCGGGAUACUUUUCAUUUAUUUUUAAACUAAAAAUCAGCAAAAAAACUCGUAAAGUCUAUGAUUCGAACUGUAACCCGUCAGAAUUGAUGGUUUCGGUCUAUCGUUCUGCCAUUUACUCGAUUCCUUUUUUGUACCAAACAACGAGCUACAGUGCUCCGUGAUGUACCAGUGUGCCUGGCAAGCUGACGAGUCGAAUAACUAGGAUUUGACCUCGCGGCUUCAAGUAUGGCUUUAUGAUUGAUGGUUGGUGGUCUUCCAGACUUAGGUUUGUGUUCGAGGCUGACGUCGCCGGAGUUAAAUUUUUGAAACCAUCUCCCUACACUACUUUUGCUCACGACAUCUUCACCUUCGACUUGACAUAUGACUUUGGUGGCUUUACGUACUGAGAAGUCUUGUUUCUAGUAAUGAAGUAAGAGGCUUCGAAUAUAGUAGCUACUCAUCUUCUAAAAACGCUACAGAUGUCCACUACAAACUAAUUUAAUAGACUUACUUUUUAUAUCAGUCGAUUCGCAGUGAAGAACUUCAAACAUUGGUAAAUUGCAAAAAAAAAUUGCACAGAUUUUAAAAAAAAUGUGGCAACGUUAUACGACAAAAAGUGUCCCGCUACUUUUGGUUCAACCUAAUAUAAAUUGGCCUUUUUCUUCCAAAUAAAAACAAUAUCUUUUAGGCAUAUCAGGAACGACCAAGAAGAAGUUUGAUGCAUUAGAAAAGAGGGGUAAACCAGCUGGACCAAGUCUGUAUACAUCAAUGCGAGAAGUUAUGAGUGCCAAAGUCACACACGAUGAAAGUUCGGCUUCAGAUGAAGAAGAAGACUGGAAUUGA